AUGCAGGGAGGAAAUGAGACAUUACCAACAGACUUUAUUCUCACAGGACUCUUUCCCAAUAUGAAGUAUGUCACUUUCCUUAUCUAUACCAUCAUCCUGAUCUACUUUGUUGCUGUCACUGGGAACUUCAUUCUGCUUCUCCUGAUAUGGCUGGAUCUGAGGCUCCACACUCCAAUGUACUUUCUGCUUAGCCAGCUUUCUCUUGUAGACUUGGCCCUCAUCAGUAGCACUGUUCCAAAGAUGGCCAUCAACUAUUUCUCUGGAUCAAAGACUAUUUCUCGUUUUGCCUGUGGAACUCAGAUAUUUUUCUUCUUUUCUCUUGGUGGUGCUGAAUGCAUCCUCUUGACACUAAUGGCCUACGAUCGUUAUGUAGCUGUCUGUAAUCCCCUGAGAUAUGCAGUCAUCAUGAGCCAGGGAGUCUGUCUACAAAUGGCCAUGAUAUCCUGGUGUGGGGGAAUUCUUGUUUCCACAGCUCACACUUCCUAUACCAUGAGCCUACCUAUCUGUGGCUCCAGAGAAAUCCAUCAUUUCUAUUGUGAGAUGCCAGCAAUUAUGAAGAUCUCAUGCAAAGACACUUCCACCUAUGAGCUGGUCAUUUUUGUGAUGGGCAUUAUUUUUAUUAUCAUCCCCUUUGGACUUAUUGUGACUUCCUAUACCCUCAUUUUCCUCACUGUUCUUCGUAUGAACUCUCCUCAAGGCAGAAAUAAGGCCUUGGCCACCUGCUCCUCCCAUCUUACAGUAGUAAGUCUUUAUCUGGGGCCCUGUGUAUAUAUGUAUAUGACACCAGGCUCUUCCCACACCCCAGAGCAAGAGCAGGCUGUGUCUGUAUUUUGCACAGUCCUCACACCAAUGCUAAACCCCAUCAUUUACAGCCUGAGAAACAAAGAUGUGGUAGGAGCUCUUCAGAAGAUCCUGGGUAAAUAUCCAAUCUCUUAA